AUGACAUCCAUAACGAAUCAUUCUAAUAAACAAGAUCAAAUAGAAGAUUCAAAAUCAAAUUCAAUAAUUCAACUUGAAUUCAGUGAAUCAGUUGCACAAAUACUUGCAGCAACAUCGUAUCGACAAUAUUCUUCUCGGAAAAGAUCUUCAUCGAAAGACACUCAAAGAACAUAUGAUAAAGAAGAGAAUACUAACAAAAAACAACGAAAUAAUAAUGAUUAUCACGUGUUUCAAACACAAAAACGGAAUGAAAUGAUAUCUAAAAGAUUGGUCAGCACUCAGAAUAUUACUGAAAAUAAUUUAGAAUGGUUUCAAGAUUUUAUGCGUCAAUGUUUGGAUACAAUACGUGAUACCGUUACCCAGGCUUGUAUAACAGCUAUCUCUUCUCAAUUCAGAACACCACUAAAUUCAAAUACUCCUACUCAAGAUAUCAAUAUUAAUAAUUAUCGAACUGGUCAUAUUCAAAGUGAACAUUCACUGACAUUACAUAAUAGAUUAGAUGAUGAUGAUGAUUAUAUUGGUAAAAAACAACGAAUUCAUCAUCGAGCAAGAUUAAAUCCUUAUCCUCUGUUUAAAAAUAUAUUUCGAACACAACUUAAUGAUAUUCAAGUACCUUGGUCAUAUGAAUGGUCGCAAUACAAACCGAUUAUAUUUACAGCUGAAGAAGUUCAUAUCAAUCCAAAUGCAGAUCUUGAUUUAUUAAAAUCUCCUUCUUCUAUUUCACUUCAUUUCAAUACUAUUGAUGGUACUAUCGAUCGUCGUAGUGUCUAUCAUCAUUAUCAUAUAAAUAAAUAUAAUGGUCUUCCAUUAAAUCCAAUUGGUCGUACAGGUAUACAAGGACGUGGUAUUCUUCUUAGAUGGGGUCCAAAUAUCUAUCAUUAUAUUAUCAUAUGUCGAUGGAAACGAGAUAUUCAAGGAAGAAUUAUUUUACAUCCAUCAAAUGGAAAAAAAA